UGCUUCUUGGAGCUCUGCCCGUCACAAAAUAUUGUUCUGCUAUCUACCACUAGAUGGCACUUCUACUAACUCUACUAUCUACCGCUAGAUGGCACAUAGGAUUUAGGGUGUACGUAAGGCUGCUCUCCAUCGUCAACGAUAAGCAAGAAGAGAGUAAUUUAGAGUAAGUUUUUUUCUUUACGGGCGAGUGUUUAGUGAAAAAAUAUAAGAAAUCGUCGAUGAUUAAUACGUAAAAAGUUUAUAAAAUGACGACGCCGUUUGUAAAAUGGCCGAAGGUAACCUGUAAAAAGUCCGUAUUUUGUAAUAUAGAUACCUUAUGACAUUAACAGCGCGGUUUUCAAUUUGCCGCGGCAUUUUGGUCGAAUUAGUUCUUUAAUUUAUCACGCGUGGCGAACUCAUCAAAACUAUGAACAACGCUGGGGUGUCCACCAAAUCUGGAGUUCGUCUGACUUAUUAGGGACGCGUGUGGCUGGGGAGACUUUUGGAUCUGGCUGGCUUCAGGAUAGUGGGGUGGUCUGAUUCGGCUUUGGGUGACCUUGAGAUUUUAGUGGCUGCGAGGAUGGUGGUGUGGUAUAAAAGAUAAUAUAGAUGAACAAAACAGGUCACCCUCAGACACCCAUCGCGUUUGUAAAAUGCUGAAUCUUACAAGUUGACUGCGACAUUUAUACCACUAGUAUACGGUCUACCACUACAUGGUACUUAUACAAUAAUGUGACGGCUUAUACGAUAUACUUAUAAAGCACACGAGAGCUCAUCCAUUCAGUCGGUCCAGUGGUAGUACCUACUACCUACUCAGACUUUUCCUAUAGCCAGGCGUUCUUCUCUCCGUGCUGAUUUGCUGAAUUAGGAAUAGUGCCUUCUGUCAAAAGUUGCACUUCUCAUUUUAGUAUGCAUGAAAAUUGAUGAUAACAAGUUUCAAUAAUUUCUUUAAGUGAGUUUGAUUUUGCAUCGCAAAAGAUUUUACAAUUUUGUCACUUUGUAAUUAAGGUAACAGUCCCUCGUUGAGGAAGUAACGAAUGACUACAAAGAAUAAUUACUUUAAUUAUUUUUCCGCGUGCACAGAGCUAAAUUUAAAUUUAGCAUUUCAUGGUGUUUACCAGCAGAACCUUGCCGGCGUACCUUUCAUUUCAUUUUACGCAAUAUUUGAGACGUGCCAGUGCAACGCGCAUCUGGGUCAAGUGUUAACUUUUAUUUAUUAGGAAACAGACAAACGAAUCCGAGAUGUACUAUUUAUAUCUAACCCUCAAAACUUUGUUUAUCCAUUCAGCCGCCAUUUUCCAAUUGUCAAUUUCACCCCUGGCCUUAAACUUGGCGCAUGCGUAGUAAUCGCGUUGCAAACAUCGAAUUACGGCGUGAAUAAUCUAGUUUUCACCUAAUGCAGCGCCUUGAAUGUUGUCAUGGACGCCUAAAAUAUUAUAAAAAGGCCACAGAGAAUGUAACUUUUCAAACAGUGAAGUGUAUUUUGGUGCAUUUUGUGUGUGUAAAAAAAUAGUUUUAAAUUGUUAAAAUCCUGUGAUAUUAGUUUAAGUGAUCCAGUGAAUAAAAAUUGCAAGCAUGGUCGGUGCCCCAGAUGUCAUCAAACCCGUGGAUAAGAUCGACGACUACUCGCCCCAGCUACACGGCAACCCCAUCUUUACUAUUAGCGAUGAGAAACUCGCAGACACAGGGGUCACGAUGGGGUCUAUAAACAGUAACGGGGACCUCUGCCCGGGGGAUCCGCCGGACAAGAAAAUUACAGAGGCAGACGCUGAAAAACAACCACUUUCUGGCAAAAAGGAGGAAAAAUGGUGGACAACAAUGAUGCAAGUAGCGGUGCCGUUCUUCAUCGCCGGUUGCGGCACCAUCGGGGCCGGUAUCGUGUUGGGACAUGUCAGGAACUGGGAAGUGUUUUUGAACGUGUCAGCCAUAUUCGUGUUGGUGCCAUCGCUCUCUGGACUUAAAGGCAACUUGGACAUGUGUCUGGCGUCCCGUCUGUCCACGCAGGCCAAUCUCGGGAACAUGACGUCCACGAGGGAAAUUCUGUCCAUGGUCGUCGGAAAUGUGUCGUUAGUGCAGGUACAAGCGAUAGUAGCAGCGACAGUGGUAGCCAUCUUCGCCAUCGUAAUCAACAUCAUCACCGACAAAACCUUCAACGGGGACUACGUGUUGCUCCUGAUCUCAUCCGCGGUGUUCACCGCCACCACCACGUGUUUUAUACUAGAUUUCGUACUAGUGAUGGUGAUCAUCGGCUCUCACCGUUUCAAGGUGAAUCCGGACAACGUGGCUACGCCGCUAGCGGCGUCUAUCGGCGACAUUGUCAGUAACUCCGUUUUGGCUGUCACUGCGCAGUACAUGUACGAGCAGAUACAUAUAAUUCCUCCCAAGGAAGAGGCCACAGGCCAAGAGGUGCAGGCCGACGUCGGCCCCACGGAGCCUGUUAAAAUUGAAACAUCCCUGUGGCAACCCAUCGUCAUCAUCUGUGUAUACUGCAGCCUGCUCCCCGUCUGGGUAUUCAUUGUGUAUCGCAAUAAACAUACAAAACCUGUUCUAACAACAGGAUGGACUCCUGUGAUCUCCGCGCUCUUCAUUAGUGGAAUCGGUGGUAUCGUGCUCGACCAAGCCGUAGAUCGUUUUACGGGAUACGAGGUGUUCCAGCCCAUCGUCAACGGUAUCGGUGGAAACCUGGUCUGUGUGCAGUCCUCCCGACUGGCAACACAUCUGCAUCAAACAGCAAUCCCAGGAGUUCUUCCCGAGGGAUCGAGGCUACUGGAGUGGCCUUGGAAGACGCUGUUCAUUGGAACCGCCGCAGCCAAGGUGGCCCGCAUGCUGCUAGUCCUGGCCGUGUUCGGCCAGAUCAUCUUCAUGAUCGUCGCCGACUGGCUCUACAUGGGCUACGUGUCUAUUGGCGUAGCCUUCGGGAUCACGUAUCUCAUCUGCUCCUUGUUGCAAGUAAUGGUGCUCUUAUACAUGGCCUACGUGCUAAUCCAUCUCAUGUGGAAACGAAAGAAGGAUCCCGACAACGCAGCUAUCCCUUAUCUGACAGCGUUGGGAGAUCUGCUCGGCUCCGUGUUCCUUGGCAUGGCCUUCGUGUCUCUCGCCGCCCUUGGGCAGGACUAUGGAGUCGCUUAGGUUAGAAUUGUAAGUCGUCAGGGCUAUGAGUGUUAAUUUCCAGUGAAUGGUGGCUGUCCGUUUAAUAACUAGAGCUUUUAGGAGCAAACCCGGACGGAAGUGCAGGUAGAUGCAUAUCGAAAUUGCCUAACUUGUGUGUUUGAUGUUUGUAUUUGUACCAUUCUGACAACCUAUUUGGUUACUAUUUUACGUAGGCAAGUUUAACAUGUAUCGGCAUUUAUUUUUUGUUUUCAACCAUUAUUUAAGGGUAGGGAAAUAACUUAAAAUAUUCACAUAUGAAUCGUGUAUAACCAAAUCUAAGAUGGAUAUUUCAAUGUCCUUAACUAUCGGAAAGAGAAUCAAUCUUUUUCUUUUUUUAAUAUCCAAAGUCUAUAUAUGUACUUUUUAUCCGCUGUUUAAUGUUUCGGAUCGUCCAAAAUAUUGUUUUUAAUCAGUUUAUUCUCCUCUUAUACAGGAGAGUGGAGAAUGUGAGAUUAGUUUUUAGGAUUUUUUGGUACAGUCAUGGACUUUUAUUGUUCGGGUUUAGGGUUUUCUUUACAUCGGACAUUUUAGUAUAAGUAUUGACAAUCAGCCUAACUCCUUAAUGGUUCAGUCAAAGUCCGUAACUGUACCGUACCGAUUGAAGUGUGAAAGUUUUUUUUACAAGUUUAAGUUUAUAAAUGAAUUAUUUUUAUUAUUUUAUAGUAUACCAAAGCUAUGCUUUAAGGUAUCUGUGCAAUUUUAAAUAUAUACCAUCAUUAUAAUGUCGUUUUGCAUUUUAUUUGGAUUAAUUGUAAAUAUUCAGUAUUCAAAUUCAAUAAAAGAGAGUAAAUACAGUAUUUUGCUUAAAAUUGUGAAAUUAUGAAGACAUUAAUUAAGUAGUUUUAGCGGUGCCAACGUUACUUAUGUAGGUACUUGAAUACGAUGAGUAGAUUAGCUAGGUGUGAUAUUUUUAUAAUGUUUUCGGUGGACAUACUAUAAUAGAGGAAAAAUAUAAAUACUGUUACUCAUCAAAAUAGGGGUAAUGUCAUCUUAUUAUUUUUGAUGAAAGAGUAUUUUCAUGAAGCUAUACCAGUACAGUACCUAGGUAUGUACCUAAGCCACAAGUUUUUUUUCUACUUAUUUAUUUGACUUUGUUUAUUGAUGACCCAUGAGUUUUACUUAUUCUCAGUAUUUUUACAAACUUUAGACAUGUCACUACAAGAUUGAAAAAUGUACUGAAAUAAUGCUUCACUAACAAAAAUGAAAUGCCAAAAAACAUAUAAAAUGAUUUAUUUAUACUUUAGACAAAUCACAGACAGUCUGGCACACCAAUUUGUCAGUAGAAAAAAAAUACGGUCGAAUUGAAAAUCUACUAAUUUUUGGAAGUCGGUUAAAAAGUCGUGAAAUCGCCAACCGCUCGCGCCUUUAUUUUUCAAAUUUGCUGCCUUUUUCUACUGACAAAGAUAUACAUGUUUUAUUUAACUAUUAUGUAGAUGAUAAUUAUUGAACUUUUAUUAGAUGACUCGCAUGAAGGCCUUAAAUUAGUCGAUUAACCUCAAAUUAAAAUCGAAUGUGAUACCUAUUUUGCUAAUUCUUCUGUAAAUUAUGACUCUCUGUUGCAAUUGAAAAUGGAUGGACAAUAGAGAUUCGGGAGAGGUAAUCAGUAAUCUUUGUUCCGUACUUUAAUAUAUAUAUAGGCAUUAUUAUGUAAUAGGUACUGCAUGAUUUUUUUAAUAUUAUAUUCGUAUUGACAUCAAGCUUUCAGUAUUUCAAUUUGCCAAUUCGUAUUGAAUUCAGGUAAAUACAAAAUAUAAUUUAUAUUGUAAAAAAUGUAGGCUUAUCUAAUGAUGAUAGUCUCUCUCUUUUGGCACACACAUAAACAGUAUUUGUACUAGGUUAGGUACUACUAACUUGGUUGGGAUGCCUGUUUCAUUAGGUUGAUCUUCUCCUGAAUCACCCCGUAGGUAUACGAAAAAACGUUGGAAAAAUUAUUGUGGAGUAGAUUCUACCAUAUCGGAGUAAUUUGUUGAGUGUAAAUAGUUGUUUCUGCUCUAACAUGAGAUUUGUAUUACUUGUAUAAGUAGUGCGGUUACCAUUAGUUAUAAUAGUAGUUUAUGUGACUGCUACACAUAAUGAAUGACAUGAAAUUAGGAGCGUGGGAUUAUGAAACGAGCGAAGUGAGUUUCAUAAUAGGAUCACGCGAGCGUUUUCAUGCUUAAUUAUAUACAGUUACAUAUACUGUUUUAUCUACACUCAUAUUAUAAUAUUUCUAUUAUGUGUUCAGGAACCGCAUGUUAUGACCAUAGCCAUCAUAGAGGGUUAAUAUGUCUGUAGAUAAAAUUUAUUAAUGAUACUGAUUGAGUGAUAACUUAAAGAACUAGGAAGUUUUAUAAAUUUUUCCGAGUCCAUGUUUUUUGGUAUGGAAGAAAUAAAUAAAAAUAUCACCAUCUAUAAAAUUACUGACUUUUAUGGCUAUUUAAAACCUGUAGGGCUGAAAAAGUGCAAAGUAAAGAACAACAAAAUUGGAUAUGAUAUGUUUUAAUUCGAAUGAUAUUUACUAACAUAUCAAAUGAUAUGCUAUAAGUACCAAAUGAGUCAUAAAAUUUGACCAUCAAUUCAAGAUCCUCCUAUUUAAUCGCAAAAAUAAAACUAUUUAAUUUUGAUCUCUAAAUCAAAUAGUCUUAGGUAAAUCCAGCUUAGUUUUAAAUUAUCCACGGGUUUUAAAUAGCCACAAUUAAUUAUUUAUAACUAUGGGAAUAAUACUGAAGAACUAGUUUUGAAAAUCAAGUUUGAUUAAUACAAAACGUAUUUCUUCGAUGGAUGUUAGUUUUAGUGUUUGUUUAGCGAACAGAGUACAAUAACUUAGUAGACAUUUAAGAAUCCUAAAUAAUCAAUUAGGUAGUAUAAAGAGCAAUUUUAGAAAAUAUAUAAAUUGGUUUAUUAAGUGUAAUAAAUUGUAACUAACUUUAAGGUUAUAAUUAAGCGAUUAUAUAUACAUGAAAUUAUCGCUUUAGUUCAUACUUAUGCAAUUUCAAAUAUGACACGGCUGCAGGUUUUUUCUUAUUUAGAUUACUGUAAAACUACCCAACUAACAGGUUUAUUUGGAUUUUAAUUUCUCUAAUACGGAUCUAAUUCAUAACACAUAAUAAAACAAAAUGGUAAAAACUAAUCUAAAUUAAAAUAUAUCUAAAUAAGGCCCCCGCGGCAUUGUGCCAAAGAUGCUGGCAGCAUUCCCUCGCUGAAUGGCAGUACUUAUGCGCUGCGAGAGAAAGCUGCCAGCUCUCUGGUCACCGGUAGAAUCUAUGAGCCUUUUACUCAUUUCCUUAAAUAGUAUCUUGGCGCUUGGACCCCACGGCCCUAGUGUCUCGACUCCAAACGCCGUAUUGGGGGCCGAGACUUCGAUAUUUGGAAACCUUUUUGGUUUCAGCCGCCUCGGCAGCUGCCCCAGCCUAGUUAAAUACUACAAAAUAUAUCCACAUGUUCAAUACGUGAUCAAGUAUCCAUACAAAUGUUGUUUUCGGUUAUUUCUGAGUGUGUUCUCUCCUUUAUGAAAAUAUUUCGCCAUAGCAAGAUAUUCGAAUUAAUUUUAGGUCAUAGUUCGUACUAUAGUUGAGUGGUUUUACGGUAUUAUUAAUAAUAAUAGUGGUCUAAAUAGCCUAGUUCUCUCUCAAUAGUCCUUACAACCUAGCAGGUGCUACCCCUGCGUGUCUCCCAUGUCAUGGGCAAGCUCAGCAUCCGCUCGGUGUACCCCUUACAUUUAUUUGAAGUUUCAAAAGGGCCUGUACGUGUUGGCUUUGGCUCCACGCACGCCUCCCAAACAUCAUUGUUGUGACGUGAAAGACGUAGUGGUCUAAAGAAAUUAACAUUAAUUUUAGGUUAGCAGUUAUCAAAGAGAAUUGAUUGUAAUAGAGGUAAAGUGUAAGAAAAAAAACGUGCCCCUUGGUUUGUCAUCCAAAACAGAUGGCGCUGUAGCUGUACUGCGCCAUAUGUUUUGCGGUCACUGAAUUGUCGAACGUCAACUUUUGAAAAUCAGAGUUACCGCAAAAUGUAUGGAGGUCUGUGCACCUCCAUACAUUUUGCGCCAUCUCGUUUACCUGUCAAAAGCACGAAAAUGUCUUAAAUUGUAUUUAGAAUGUAUGUACAUAAUUAUAUGUAUUAGUCUAUCUUUUAUACAUUAUAUAAGUAGUAGUAUUUAACUAUUUAUAUAUUUUUAAUAUUAUUUGACUUCACGUUUAAUUUUUUCCUUAUUAAUUGUUAUUUUUUUUUUCCUGCACCAACAUACACAAAUGUCUCUGUUUGACCCAAUGGUUGACUGGUAGAGAAUGCCUUUUGGCAUUAAGUUCGCCAUUUGUACAUUUUUCUUUAUGUGUGCAAUAAAGUUUAAAUAAAUAAAAUAAAUAAAAUAAAUGUAUUUCUGGCAUUAUGAAGCUAGUUAAUUAAGCCACUAUUAUCAUUAAUAAUGAUAUCUGAACUGUAAUAAGGCUAUGACUAGAUUUAGUAAGACUGCAGCCAGCUAUUCUUUUCCAGAAAAUAAAUUAAUUAGUAUUAUUAUCAAGCGGUCAAAAGGUUUAGGAAUGACAGUUUCCCUAAAAUGUAUAUAAUGACAGCUCUAUAUAUUGCAUUGUUAUAAGGUAUGACAAAGACAGAUAGAUCACAGUAGAGAUUAUAUAUUCACUGACGGAUUUAUUUUACUAUUAUAAGACACGCUGUCCCUUACUGGGCAAUUUUUAUUUAGCUGUUUUUUUUUUCGUCAGACUUACGUAAAAUUUGGUUGAUAUAUGCAGUUCCCUAUUCUGUAGAAUAUACUUAAGGGUCCCCAGCAAGCUCGGUUCUCCAUACAAACGUAGUCAUUUUAAAACGACUAGCAACAUACAAGACUUAUUUUUGCUGUAUUUUGUUUGUUUAAUAUUAAGGUGGAGCAUUAUAAACUAAUUUCAGCCCUAGAUAUACCUCAUGUUGUUGUAUGUGCAAAAUGUAUGCCAUUUUCGUAACUCGACGGAAAAAUUAAAUACAUACAUAUUUUUGUCCCAAAUCGAGGUUUUGUAUUUACAAAAUUUUAUCAAAACCUGACGAAAAAACGAUAACAAGAUAAAAAUCUACCCUAUUAAGGCACGAGGAUCUAAAAACAUAAAUUGCAUAGUUCUGCAAUUUGCUCACAUAAAAAUCAAUAAUCAAAUUCUAAAAGUAUAUAUUUUUUACUACCUCUGACAUCAAAUGCCAUAAUAUAUAGAAUCAAAGCUUAACGUAUUUUUGAACUGACAAAAAUAUAAUGGCAAGUAGUAUUUAAUAGGGAACUUAGUGGACCGUAACGUUUAGGUAUAGUUUUGAAUGAAUGAUGUGAUAUAAAUGAGAUUUUAAAGCUAUGUGUAAUAGAAAAUUGUUAUAUAGUACGUAAUAACUAGAAUUGUUAAAUUUUUGAUUCGUACACUUACUCUAAUGACAUGUUUGAAAGUAAAUAUGUUAGGUACAGUUAGCAAUACUAUUCGCUUAGCACCUUUUCAUACAAAAUUAUAUGCAGGGAGGUGGGGGGCGAGGGUGCCUUUUCACUGCAGCUGACUGUACAUGUAUGGAUUAGAAGGUCAUCUUUGAUACCUCCAAAGAUCUAUUGUAAUAGACAGGUAAAGUCGAAGAAAGAAUAAUGUGACCUCUAGACAACUGAAACAGACUACAAAAUAUAUGUUUUGUGGUUACUAAACUUAAUUGUCAAACAUCAAGUUUUGACAGGUUACUGCAUAAUGUACGCAGUCGUACAGCGCCAUCUAGUGCCCAUGUAUGCCACCUCUCAAAUUAGAGGCGCGAAUUUGUCUUAGACUCUACACUUCUUACACAAACAAUGGAUCUUUGAAACCUAUAAGUGCCAUUUUACAGUACAUGUGGUGCUACUUUUCCGCAUUAGUGCGUAAAUUAGCACAUUAUGCAACUAUGUCGAAAAUUUAAAGGGUCAUAUCUACUGUAAAACGUUGUACGAUAUAUGUGCGAAUAGGUAAUUCGCAACUCGCGUCGAUUUAAAACACUCUCUUCGGUCGUGUUUUAAUUUAUCGCCACUCGUUUCUAAUUUCCUAUUUUUCGCACUUGUAUCGUAAUGUACUAUUAUAGGUUAUUGUCAUGUUGAGAUCAAAAAUUUGUAAUUUUGGAGUUACAGUCAUCAGAGUUAGUGACCGGAUUGAACUUGUUCAUGUUUCUUAUGUACUUCUUAUAUGAAUGCUUGUUGCUGGCUUGAUAUAGUCUCAAAUUACAACUUUUUUGUAUAAUAUUGCUCAGACAGUAACUCCAUAUUUCGUGCAUUAUGUUUUAGUUUAACAUACACACACUGAUUGGUCCAUGCAUACAAUAAUAAUUAAGUCAAGAUACUAAGCAAAACUAACUAUUUAUCAUAAUAUUUGGAUAAAUGAUAUACGGUAGACACAACUUAAAAUUUCUGAGAAACGUUAAACCAAUAGUUUCAGGGACUUCAAAAUACAACAUAACAUAAAUAUUAUUAUAAUUUAAUGUAUACUAUCAAAUGUUGAAAAAAUCUUGUUUCCCGCUUAGGGCUUCUUAUUUUUGUAAAAAAUCAGCCAAAUUGUGUGUACAAUGGAGCCAAAUAAACAUACGAGUAACUUCCCGGAUAUUUUUAUAUAUUGGAUGAAAUGUUAGUGUUUCUUGUAAAUUUAAUUACCAUUUACAUUAAUUUUGAGCUAUGAUAUUCACUGGGUUUUUAAAAAGGCUCAUUUCUUAAGUCAGGUUAUUCCAAUCUAAAUGUUAUAGGUACCUAGUGUAAGUAUUAAAUUCAGAAGGUCUCUAUCAUGAAUUCGAGCCUUUUUUUAAACGCCAUUUUCUAGUAGAGUAAGCGGUCUAUAACCUAUAAUUAUUAAUUAUGAAUUCUGUGAUAUAUAGCGUUAUUUUAAGUUAUUUUGUAUGUGAAUGCGUUUAAAUAUGUGAUUUUAUUUGAAAAUAAAGUAAAUGAAAUGA